UUAGGAAGAUACAGGGGCAGGGGACAUCUGUCAAGCUUAGUGUUUGUGACCUGUGCAAGGUUUAGGAUUUGGAGGAACAGCUCCUGAGAUGGGUUUAAGAUUAAACAAUUCUAGCCCAGGAGCAGCUCAGCUUUUCUAUUAUCAAGAUGACCCUCUUUAGCAAAUGGGAGAGGCCCAUUGUUCCACUACAGCAUCUGUGAACUCUCCUGCUUUCUGUGCCCCAUCUGUGUAUAGGGUAGUUGAAUGAUAAGGCGUUCAGAUGUGAUCAGAUAGUCUUGUUCUUGGAAGGACCCCGGAAAGACUCUCACAUUCAUUCCUCUGUUGCUGGGUGAGAUUGUCAUAAUUUUAGUGGUGGCCUAUAUUCAUGACAAACAUAAGGAGAGCAGAAACGGGAUAGUUGGGAGAAGUGAUGGGAUUUGGAAUACUCCAAAUCUGCUUGAAGUCCCUCUGCUUGAAGGAUAGGUGAAUGGUCUUUUUACAUGAAAUCUUUGUCAUUGAUCCUUGAACUGUUUUCCUAGGUUAUUGUGAGAAGUUUUUGUUCCUGGCCUGCAUUUACUGGUGUCUGUUACCUUGCUAGAGUUUUGGGUGUCCUUUGCAUUUAAUGAUUUUAAUGCUUUAGUUUUCAAAUCCAUACAUUCUUUUGGUGGAAAGACUGGGGAUGGAGUAGCAUUUGAAUUAUUGCAGUUCAGCCAAAGAAUUUAUUUCUCUGAUCAGUUACUCUAGAAUUUGUCUUUUGAGAAGGAGGGAAUUUAACUGAUCUGUUUUGUAUGUGUAGCCUGAGUGAUGGAAAAUGACUAGCACUUUAGAGGGUAUUCAGUGUUUGUUGAAUGAAUGGAUGCUAGGGUGAAUGAAUGGAAAGUGGGAACAUUGUUUCAUUUACUUAUAAUAUCACAGUAGUUCAUCAGUGGCAGGACUCCUUGUGUGACUAGACACUAGAAAUCAUACCACUGGGGAAUGGAGGCUAUUCCCCAUUCCAAUGGGGCCUAUCUGAAGUUGAAAUUUAUACCCUCCUGGCAGUGACAAAGCAUGGGGUUCACAGUAACAAAUCCUUACUUUGAGGAGGUAAUGUGGCUACUGGCUGGGGCAGAAAAUUACAAAGAUCUUGUGGUAGUAUGGGAACAAUUAGGCUGAUAACUGCCUGAUAAGGUGAGACCAAGUUGGGGAUGCACUCAUAAUGAACGUCAACCAGUCAGCUCCACCUGUGCCGCCAUUUGGGCAGCCCCAGCCUGUCUACCCAGGGUAUCAUCAGUCUAGCUAUGGUGGGCAACCAGGGUCCACAGCACCCCCAACUUCCUAUGGAGCCUACAAUGGCCCAGUACCAGGCUAUCAGCAAACACCUCCCCCAGGUGUGUCAAGAGCCCCACCUUCUUCAGAGGCACCUCCAGCCUCAACAGCACAGGCCCCUUGUGGCCAGGCUGCUUAUGGCCAGUUUGGCCAAGGAGAUGUACAGAAUGGGCCGAGCUCCACUGUUCAGAUGCAGAGGUUCCCUGGGUCUCAGCCAUUUGGGUCAGUCCCAUUGGCCCCUGUGGUCAGCCAGCCAGCUGUGCUUCAGCCCUUUGGCCCUCCCCCGACAAGUGCACAGGUGACUGGUCAGCUGGCAGGAAUGCAGAUCAGUGGUGCUGUGGCUCCAGCCCUUCCCCCUGUGGGGCUGGGCUAUGGCCCACCAACAUCGCUGGCCUCAGCCUCAGGAAGUUUCCCCAACUCUGGUCUGUAUGGCUCCUAUCCUCAGGGCCAGGCUCCUCCCCUUAGCCAGGGCCAGGGUCAUCUUGGGGCCCAGCCUCCCCAGCGAUCUGCCCCACCACAGGCCUCCAGCUUCACAUCCCCAGCUUCAGGGGGUCCUCGGAUGCCUUCGAUGACUGGUCCACUCCUGCCUGGACAGGGUUUUGGGGGGCCCUCUGUGAGCCAGCCCAACCAUGUGUCCUCACCUCCUCCUCAAGCUCUGCCUCCUGGCAGCCAGAUGACUGGGCCCCCAGGACCACCACCACCUAUGCACUCCUCCCAGCAGCCAGGCUAUCAGCUGCAACAAAAUGGUUCCUUUGGACCAGCCAGGGGCCCUCAGCCCAAUUAUGGAAGUCCCUACCCAGGAGCAUCCACUUUUGGCAGUCAGCCUGGGCCUCCUCAACCACUGCCUCCUAAGCGCCUGGAUCCUGAUGCCAUCCCAAGCCCUCAACUCAAUGAGCUGCCUCCUCAGCAGAAAACCAGGCACAGAAUAGACCCUGAUGCCAUUCCUAGUCCAAUUCAGGUUAUUGAGGAUGACAGGAACAACCGGGGUUCAGAGCCAUUUGUUACUGGAGUACGGGGCCAGGUGCCACCCUUAGUCACCACCAACUUCCUGGUGAAAGACCAAGGGAAUGCAAGUCCCCGAUACAUCCGAUGCACAUCCUAUAAUAUCCCUUGCACAUCUGACAUGGCUAAACAGGCCCAGGUGCCUCUAGCAGCUGUCAUCAAGCCACUGGCAAGGCUGCCACCAGAGGAGGCUUCACCGUAUGUCGUGGACCAUGGGGAAUCUGGCCCUUUGCGCUGCAAUCGCUGCAAAGCAUAUAUGUGCCCCUUCAUGCAAUUCAUUGAGGGAGGGAGGCGCUUCCAGUGCUGCUUUUGCAGUUGUAUCAAUGAUGUUCCCCCCCAGUAUUUUCAACAUUUGGAUCAUACCGGCAAACGUGUGGAUGCUUAUGACCGUCCUGAGCUAUCGUUGGGCUCUUAUGAAUUCUUGGCCACUGUAGAUUACUGCAAGAACAAUAAGUUUCCCAGCCCUCCUGCCUUUAUCUUCAUGAUUGAUGUCUCCUACAAUGCCAUCAGAAGUGGUCUUGUUAGGCUCCUCUGUGAGGAGCUCAAGUCACUGUUAGAUUUUCUACCUAGGGAGGGUGGAGCAGAAGAGUCAGCAAUCCGUGUUGGCUUUGUCACCUAUAAUAAGGUGCUCCACUUCUACAAUGUGAAAAGCUCACUGGCCCAGCCACAGAUGAUGGUUGUAUCGGAUGUGGCUGACAUGUUUGUGCCACUGCUGGAUGGCUUCCUGGUCAAUGUCAGUGAGUCUCGGGCAGUCAUCACCAGCUUAUUGGACCAGAUUCCUGAAAUGUUUGCAGACACAAGAGAGACAGAGACAGUAUUUGCUCCAGUUAUCCAGGCUGGGAUGGAGGCUCUAAAGGCUGCUGAGUGUGCAGGGAAGCUGUUUCUGUUCCACACCUCCCUGCCCAUUGCAGAGGCCCCAGGGAAACUGAAGAACAGAGACGACAGGAAGUUGAUCAACACAGACAAGGAGAAGACUCUGUUCCAGCCUCAGACAGGUGCCUAUCAGACCCUGGCCAAAGAGUGUGUGGCCCAAGGCUGCUGUGUAGACCUCUUCCUCUUCCCUAACCAGUAUGUGGAUGUGGCCACGCUCUCUGUUGUACCCCAGCUCACUGGUGGCUCUGUCUACAAAUAUGCUUGCUUUCAGGUGGAGAAUGACCAGGAACGGUUCCUGAGUGACCUGCGUCGGGACGUACAGAAGGUUGUUGGCUUUGAUGCUGUGAUGCGUGUUCGGACAAGCACUGGUAUCCGUGCUGUAGAUUUCUUUGGGGCUUUCUACAUGAGCAACACAACAGAUGUGGAGCUGGCUGGGCUGGACGGGGACAAGACGGUGACUGUGGAGUUCAAGCAUGAUGAUCGGCUCAAUGAAGAGAGUGGAGCCCUCCUGCAGUGUGCUCUGCUCUACACCAGCUGUGCAGGGCAGCGACGGCUCCGCAUCCACAACCUGGCCCUGAACUGCUGCACCCAGCUGGCUGAUCUGUAUCGAAACUGUGAGACUGACACACUCAUCAACUACAUGGCCAAGUUUGCGUACCGGGGGGUCCUAAAUAGCCCUGUGAAGACUGUUCGUGACACUCUCAUCACUCAGUGUGCCCAGAUCCUGGCCUGUUACAGAAAGAAUUGUGCCAGCCCCUCCUCUGCAGGACAGUUGAUCCUUCCUGAGUGCAUGAAGCUACUCCCAGUUUACCUGAACUGUGUGUUGAAGAGUGAUGUCCUGCAGCCUGGAGCUGAAGUCACUACUGAUGACCGUGCCUACGUCCGACAGCUGGUUACCUCCAUGGAUGUGGCUGAGACCAAUGUCUUCUUUUAUCCUCGGCUCCUACCAUUGACAAAGUCUCCCAUUGAGAGUGCCACUGAACCACCAGCAGUUCGAGCAUCUGAAGAGCGUCUGAGCAAUGGGGAUAUAUACUUGCUGGAGAAUGGGCUCAACCUCUUCCUGUGGGUGGGAGCAAGUGUCCAACAGGGUGUUGUCCAGAGCCUCUUCAGUGUCUCCUCCUUCAGUCAGAUCACCAGUGGCUUGAGUGUUCUGCCAGUUCUGGAUAAUCCACUGUCCAAGAAGGUGCGAGGCCUCAUUGAUAGCUUAAGGGCACAGAGGUCACGGUACAUGAAGCUUAUCGUGGUGAAACAGGAGGACAAGCUGGAGAUGCUGUUCAAGCACUUCCUGGUGGAAGACAAGAGCUUGAGCGGGGGAGCAUCCUAUGUGGACUUUCUCUGUCAUAUGCACAAGGAAAUUCGGCAGCUACUGAGCUAGAGCAAGUGGGUAAAUGGCAUAGGGUCCCAGGCCAGCUUCCAGAAAGUACACCAGGAUGGCAGAGAAAUUGGAACAGUUCCAUUAUCUUAUAAGUCAUGUAAGCUGACCUCAAUCUCUCUGGGGGGAGGGGGAGGUAUAAGGAGACACCUUUCUGGAAUCAAGUAUCCUACCACUCUGUCAUGUCCUGCUGAUGGAAGGUGCCCCUAUCCCCUCACUUUACCCUCCUUUUCCUGCUAAUCCUGUCGUAAUGAAUGUAGUUUCUCAGUUCACUGUAUAUGAUUCGGUAUUGGGGGAUUUGGAGGCACCCAGACUCUGGCAAUAUUAUGUGUCCCCUUAGACCAGCCUCCAAGAAGAGAGGGGCAGGCAGGAAGGAGUGGGAAUCCCAGGGGUACUAUGCGGGGGUGGGUAGGGGCUAAUUCAGCUCAGUGUCAUCAAAAACUUCCUAUAUUAGGGACGAAACAUUCAGGUGCACAAGAGCUGGGGUAUAGACCAUAGAUGGUGGAGAGAAAAGUGGUUGGUCAGUCCUUUUUGGGCCUGGAAGUCAGCAGCCAAGUCAAAGUUGGAGAGUGGUUGAUUAGCUCUUCUGUCUCCUGCAAUGAUUGGUGAUCACUAAGUGGAUAGAGGCACAUUGUCAGAGAUGAAUGAGCCUGGGAAGUGAGUUGCAAAGAAUAUUAAGACCUGGGAGAGGUAACAGCCUCUUUCCCAGCUGGAAAGGCUCCAACACUGGAUGGUUCUGUUGGGAGCCUGGUCAUCAAUUUGCAAUACCUCACAGAGCCAGCCCCAUCCCACUCUGAGCUCCCACUGGAAACACUGCUUCUCCAAGCUGGGAGUUGUUGAGAGGGGAGAGGCAGAGGUGGCUGGAGCUCUGUUCUCUCCUGCCGGGACACCACUCAAGCUCUGGUAUUGACAGAGUGGCCGACCGUUAUCUUCCAACCUGAACUGGCUGGGGCAGGACAAGGGCUAGGCUUGAUGGUGGCCAGGCUUGCCUGCUCCCAGCCUGGGAUGCCCCUGCUCCGGACCUCUCAUUUCUCUUCAUUGGUUUAUUUUUCAAUGCAUCUUUAAUUUGUAAAGAAAUAAAAUAAAUUAAGAUGUAACAAUUA